GGAGCUGAGAGCCUGGCGCAGCCCGGACCGAAAUCUUGCGGCGGCCUCAGAGCGUUAGACAGGAUGCGGCUGGGCCGCCGGGCCCUCUGUGUGCUGGUCCUGCUGCUGGCCUGCGCCUCGCUGGGGCUCCUGUACGCGAGCACCCGGGUCGCACCGGGCCUCCAGGCACCUCUUGCGCUGUGGACGCCCCUGCAGGGCAACCCCAGGCCAGAAUUGCCAGGUCUUGCCCCCGAGCCCCGGUACGCACACAUCCCAGUCAGGAUCAAGGAGCAAGCGGUGGGGCUGCUGUCCACAAACAAUUGCAGUUGUGAAUCCAGUGGGGGGAGCCUUCACCUCCCCUUCCAGAGGCAGGUCCAAGCCAUUGACUUCACCAAGGCCUUUGACUCUGAGGAGCUGAGGGCUGCGUCUGCCUUGAGGGAGCAGGAGUUCCAGGCCUUCCUUUCAAGGAGCCAGUCUGCUGCUGACCAGCUGCUCAUAGCCCCUGCCAACUCCCCACUACAGUACCCCCUGCAGGGUGUGGAGGUCCAGCCCCUCAGGAGCAUCUUGGUGCCAGGACUGAGCCUGCAGGCCACUUCUGGUCAGGAGGUAUACCAGGUGAACCUGACUGCCUCCUUGGGCACCUGGGACGUGGCAGGGGAAGUGACUGGAGUGACUCUCACUGGAGAGGGGCAGCCAGAUCUCACCCUCGCCAGCCCAGGGCUGGACCAACUCAAUCGGCAGCUGCAACUGGUCACUUAUAGCAGCCGAAGCUACCAGGCAAACACAGCAGACAUAGUCCGGUUCUCCACCGAGGGACACGAAGUUGCCUUCACCAUACGCAUAAGACACCCACCCAGCCCUCAGCUGUACCCACCUGGGUCUCCAUCCCUGGGAGCCCAGUACAACAUCAGCGCUCUGGUCACCAUUGCCACUAAGACCUUCCUUCGUUACAAUCGGCUACGGGCACUCAUCGCCAGCAUCCGCCGCUUCUACCCGACAGUCACAGUGGUAAUCGCCGACGACAGCGACAAGCCAGAGAGUGUUAGAGGUCCCCACAUCGAGCACUAUCUCAUGCCUUUUGGCAAGGGCUGGUUCGCAGGCCGGAACCUGGCCGUAUCCCAAGUAACCACCAAGUACGUGCUGUGGGUGGACGACGACUUCGUCUUCACGGCGCGGACACGACUGGAGAGGCUUGUGGACGUGCUGGAGCGGACGCCGCUGGACCUGGUGGGGGGCGCGGUGCGCGAGAUCUCCGGCUUCGCCACCACCUACCGGCAGCUGCUGAGCGUGGAGCCCGGCGCGCCAGGCCGCGGGAACUGCCUCCGGCAGAAGCGCGGCUUCCACCACGAGCUCGUCGGCUUCCCAGGGUGCGUGGUCACCGACGGCGUGGUCAACUUCUUCCUGGCGCGCACUGACAAGGUGCGCGAGGUCGGCUUUGACCCGCGCCUCAGCCGCGUGGCGCACCUGGAAUUCUUCCUGGAUGGACUUGGUACUCUUCGGGUGGGCUCCUGCUCAGACGUUGUUGUGGAUCAUGCAUCCAAGUUGAAGUUGCCUUGGACAUCAAGGGAUGCUAGCGCAGAGACUUACGCUCGAUACCGUUACCCGGGAUCACUGGAUGAAAGUCAGGUGGCCAAACACCGCCUGCUCUUCUUCAAACACCGGCUCCAGUGCAUGACCUCAGAGUGACGGCCACUCAGGGCCUUGCAACUGUCAGGCUGGGCCUACCUCCUUGCCCCUGCCAGGAAUAUCUAGCAAACCCACCAGCCAGUGACCACUCCACUGACUGUCCCCAAUCUCCUUCAGAACUUGAUCCCAAAUAGGGGCUUGUCCUGGUGACAUUCCUCCUUUCUGCGAGUGCCCAGGGGCAUGAUGGAGCCAUAACUCAUCCCACAGCCAGUGCCAAGUCCUCCCCCCACCCCCUUCCCAUAGGGCAGGAAGUGGGGGGGUUGCUUUCCAAGUGCCAAAGAGCCCACGGGGACUCUAAAAACCUAAAGCGGAAACACUCUCCUCUCAUCUCCUGGGGACCAAGGGGGUGGGGAAGCCCCCAGUAUAUAUUCCCAGGGCUGGGCCUCCCUCGCAUCCCUGGAUCCAGGACUCUGUGCAGCGACUGCAGCGCCACCCCAUGGAGAGAACUGGUGACGGGAGCUGGUGUGGGGACCAGUGAACA